AAAAAAUAAAGAAAGAAAAACGCGUUUUCUCGACAGAACAGAGUUGAAUCUCCUCUCUUUCACUCUCCGUCUCAGUCUCUCUCUCCAAAGAACCAAAAUUAGGGUUAGGGUUUUCCGAGAAAGACCCUCAUCUUUAUCUGCAACCGAAAAGGGGAGGGUUUUGGGUUUAAUUCUUUGGGUUUUUGGACACCCGUUUAGGUGUUCAGAAAUGGGUUCCUCUUCUUCUUUCUCCUCGGUGAUCAAAUGGCACUCUUUCCACAAACCCAUGUCCUCCCUACUCAUACUGAAGCUCUUCCUCCUGUUAUGGGCCUUCUUUCCUCCCCAAAGCGCCGUUGUUUUCGCCGAUUCGGACAAAUCGGUGCUCCUCCAGUUCAAGACGUCGGUCUCAGACCCCUCGGGCUUACUCUCAACCUGGGCUUCCGACAGUUCUAAGCACUGCUCGUGGUUUGGCGUCUCCUGCGACUUAAACUCCCGGGUCGUUUCGCUGAACGUUACAGGAAAUGGCCGCCAAGGUAAUUCGUGUUCCGAUUUCGCUCAAUAUCCGCUCUAUGGGUUUGGGGUUAGAACGAACUGUUUGAAUAGUAGAGGCAAAUUGGUCGGGAAAUUGUUGCCUAUGAUUGCGAAACUUAGCGAGCUUAGGAUUUUAUCACUACCCUUUAAUGGUUUUGAUGGUGAAAUCCCUGGUGAAGUUUGGGGCAUGGAGAAGCUUGAGGUUCUUGAUCUAGAGGGCAAUUCGGUAACUGGGUCCUUACCGGUUCAGUUCGGGGGUUUGAGGAAUUUGCGGGUUCUUAAUCUUGGGUUUAAUAGGAUUGUGGGAGGGAUACCGAGCUCGCUUUUGAAUUGUGCAACCUUGGAGAUCUUGAAUUUAGCAGGGAAUGACGUGAACGGGACGGUUCCGGCUUUCGUUGGGGGGUUUAGGGUGGUGUAUUUGUCAUUUAAUCGGCUUACUGGGGCAGUUCCUAGCGAGAUUGGGGACCAUUGUGGAAAGCUUGAGCAGCUGGACUUGUCGGGAAAUUUCUUGUUCCAUGGGAUUCCGAGGAGUUUGGGGAAUUGUAGUCAAUUGCAGUCCCUUUUGCUGUAUUCAAAUAUGUUGGAAGAGGUCAUUCCGGCUGAGCUGGGUCAGCUUCAGAAGCUUCAAGUGUUAGAUGUUUCAAGGAAUACUUUAAGCGGUUCAUUACCUUCUGAGCUCGGCAAUUGUUCUGAAUUAUCCAUCCUGGUUCUAUCGAAUCUGUUUGAACCCCUUUCAGAAGUUAACAAUAGAAAACGGGACUCUUUGUCGGAUCAAUUUGGUUCUAAGAAUGAUGAUUUUAAUUAUUUUCAAGGUGGGAUUCCCCCUGAAAUCACAAUGCUUCCUAAGCUGAGAGUCUUGUGGGCACCAAGGGCAACUCUUGAGGGCAGGUUCCCAAGCAGUUGGGGUGCUUGCAAGAACUUCGAGAUGAUCAAUUUGGCUCAGAAUUUUUUCAUUGGGGAAGUUCCUGAUGCGCUUAGCCACUGCAAGAAGCUUCAUUUUCUCGACAUAAGCUCAAACAGGCUAACUGGGAAGCUUGUUGAGGGGCUUCCAGUUCCUUGCAUGACAGUAUUUGACGUCAGUGGUAAUGCCUUGUCAGGUAUAAUUCCUCGAUUUAAUGACAGCAUCUGCCCUCCUGUCCCUUACUGGAAUGGAAGUCCCUUUGAAGCUGACAGUAGCCUAUGCUCUCGUUAUCUAUCAUUCUUCACUUUGAAAGCCCAAGUUGAAGCUCCUUCUCAAUCAGUUGGAGUAGAAAGUGGUAUUGCCGUAUUUCACAAUUUCAGGCACAAUAACUUUACUGGAACUAUCCAAUCUAUGCCAAUUGCACCUGAAAGAUUGGGAAAGCAGACUGUUUACACAUUUUUAGCUGGAGAAAACCUGCUUACCGGACCAUUUCCUGGUAACAUAUUUGAGAAGUGUGGAGGAUUGAAUACACUGAUUGUCAAUGUUAGCAACAACAAGAUAUCUGGUCAGAUUCCAGCUACAUUCGGUAAAAUGUGCAAAUCUCUCAAACUGUUUGAUGCAUCUGUGAAUCAGAUUACUGGACAUAUUCCUCCAAGUUUCGGGGAGUUAUCUCUAGUUGCCCUUAACUUGAGUGGGAACCUUUUGCAUGGUCAAAUUCCAACCAAUCUUAGUCAAACAAGGGACCUGAAAUAUCUCAGUUUGGCCGGUAAUAACUUGACAGGCUUCAUUCCUUCCAGCUUAGGGCAGUUGCACUAUUUGGAAAAGCUAGACCUUUCUUCAAACUCUCUCACUGGGGAAAUACCAGAAGAUCUAGUGAACUUGAAACACCUGACACUUCUUCUGCUCAACAACAACAAUCUCUCUGGGAGGAUUCCUGCUGGUUUGGCCAAUGUAACCACGCUAUCAGCAUUUAAUGUUUCAUACAAUAAUUUGUCUGGGUCAGUGCCAGUGAAUAAUAGCCUGAUGAAUUGCAGUAGUGUUCUUGGCAAUCCAUAUCUACGGUCUUGCCCGAUGUUUUCUCUGGCAGCAUCAUCUUCAGAUCCUAGAGGAGGGGAUAGCAAUCCUGAGUCUUAUACUGCUGCCUCUGCACCAGGAGUUCCGUCCCAAGGAGCUCAGAAUAGCGGUCUGAAUUCAAUUGAGAUCGCGUCCAUAACAUCUGCAUCAGCCAUUGUUUCGGUACUCCUUGCUCUCAUUGUUCUAUUCUUCUAUACCAGAAAAUGGAGCCCAAAGUCCAGAGUUAUUGGGUCUGUCAGAAAGGAAGUAACUGUAUUUACAGACAUUGGUGUUCAGUUGUCCUUUGAAAAUGUUGUACGGGCCACAGGAAAUUUCAACGCAAGCAACUGCAUUGGGAAUGGAGGUUUUGGGGCAACCUACAAGGCAGAGAUCUCGCCUGGAAUCCUUGUGGCAAUAAAACGACUUGCAGUGGGACGGUUCCAAGGGAUUCAACAGUUCCAUGCAGAAAUUAAAACUCUUGGAAGGCUCCGCCAUCCAAAUCUAGUUACUUUGAUUGGAUAUCAUGCCAGCGAAACAGAGAUGUUCCUUAUUUAUAAUUAUUUGCCGGGGGGUAAUUUGGAAAAGUUCAUCCAGGAAAGAACGACAAGGGCAGUAGACUGGAGGAUACUUCACAAGAUUGCAUUGGAUAUAGCCCGUGCACUUGCCUACUUACAUGAUCAGUGUGUUCCACGUGUUCUUCAUCGGGACGUUAAGCCAAGCAAUAUCUUGUUGGAUGAUGAUUUCAAUGCUUAUUUGUCGGACUUUGGAUUGGCCCGGCUUUUGGGCACUUCAGAAACGCAUGCUACCACCGGUGUGGCUGGAACGUUUGGAUAUGUUGCUCCCGAGUAUGCAAUGACUUGCCGUGUUUCCGACAAGGCUGAUGUGUACAGUUAUGGUGUGGUGCUCCUCGAGUUACUCUCAGACAAGAAAGCUCUGGAUCCUUCAUUCUCUUCAUAUGGGAAUGGCUUCAACAUUGUUGCUUGGGCGUGCAUGCAACUGAGACAGGGCCGUGCAAAGGAGUUCUUCACUGCAGGGUUAUGGGAUGGAGGUCCCCAUGAUGAUUUAGUAGAAGUUCUACACUUGGCGGUGGUGUGCACAGUUGACUCUCUCUCUACCAGACCCACAAUGAAGCAAGUUGUACGACGGCUGAAACAACUUCAACCCCCAUCAUGUUAGGUGCCUGGCGAGACUUCCAUUAAUUAACAUAGCAAUUGUAGGAAGGCAAGUGCCAUUGUAGUUUGUGCUUGUGCACAGUCCUCUUUGAGUCUUUGUGGGCUGCCAAUUGUAGUUAUUCCACUUGUAAAUUGUAAUAUAGUUUUGCCCCCCCCCCCCAUUUUUUCAAGUUACUUUUAUAUCCCUGAUUAGGUAGGGGGCUUGCUGAUGAAUCUGCAAAAGAAUGCAGAUAUUUUAUUUUCUACGUUGUAUACUUGUACGUCAGUUUUUUAGUUUUUUUUGGUUCUCUAAUAAAACCAUAGGAUAGAGAUGCAUUUCGUGUAA